AUGGCGCUGGCAGGCAACUUGACAAACUCGGUCAUCCAGUUGACACCUGCCUCCGCCGCCUUUGUCCGGAACCGUGUUGACACGCUGGGACCAUGGGUCCUCGGCGCGUUUUCGGACUGCAUCCUGCUUGGAGUCGUCUUCUCCCAAGUGCGGACAUUCUUCGUGACCCGCGCUGUCGGGCGGACGCUGUUUCAGCGGUACUGCUAUUGGAUGGUAUGGGUUGUGCUAGGCCUGUCUAUCGCCAAGACGGUGCAGGAAAUGGCCGUCGUAUGGGUGCUGCAUGUCCACGACUACGCCAAUCCAGAUGUUGCGCGGACGCGUGUUUCCAGUGCAUGGUGGCAAGUAACUACUCCGUUAAUGACGGGCAUCAUCGGGUUUACCGUUCAGUCAUUCUUUUGCCUUCGCUUUUAUUUACUUUUGAGAAACUGGCUAUUCGUGCUUCCCAUAGCGUCUGCGAUGCUGUUAGGUAUCACUGGUAUUAGUCUGGCUGUCUUCUACAUCAUGAACGACGACGCUAUCCUGAAAGUCCGUUGGUUAUCAAUUCAUCUGGUUGGCGUUUUCGUCGCAGACCUCCUUAUCACGACGGGGACAUUGAUGGCACUAAGGAAACGAGCCCGUGGUCUUGAACGGACGACUGUGUUGAUCAACCAGCUAGUCAGGAUGGUUUUCGAAAGUGCUAUUCCACCAACGGUCAUUGCAGCAGUGGACCUCAUUAUGACCCAAACGCUAGGCGGCGGCCCCAAACUUCUUUGGCAUCUGCUGCUCAAUUUCACCUUGGGCAAAGUCUACGUCAUCAGCCUGCUUUACACGCUCAACUCGAUAAACGAGUACCGCCAGAAGCAUUCCGACACCAGCAAUCAGGAGAUCAUCACUGCCGACGGUCAUACCAUACUCGGGAUGAGCGGCGCACGGCGGAACAACGUCGAGCUGGGACACCUCUCGCGGAGCGGACUGGGCAGCGACCGUCCGGGCUCCGAGAGCAAGAUUUUCAUCCAAACGCAGGUUUCCACCCAUGUCUCCCCCUCAUCUGUGCAAAAACGACCGAUAGAGCUACACAAGCCACAACUCGACAAUGGGCGGUCGUCGACCCUGCUUGAAGAUGAGCCGGCGUUCGUGGCGAAGGCGUAUUGA